GGGGAGGAAAGUUGCAGUCUUUGAAUUUCACCUUCAUUCCCAUGGCAGCUAUACCCUCAUUCUCUCAAAAUCCUCCACACAGAACCUUACUCUCUCUUCACUCCUCAUUCAAGGGACAUUCGUUUUCUCUCUGUUUAUACUACUUCAUCCGUUUCAUAUUGGGUAUAUAUACCUCCAUUGUUACACUCACCAAAUUUCCUUACAUUACAGGGAAAUACUAGAACUUCAAGGCCGAACCCAUGUCAAAUUCUCCCCCUCAAAGUCACAGUUAGAGGCGAACCACAGCAAUAUCAAGGACAGACAGCAUGAGCCUUGGUGGUUGUUAAUCAAAUGCUGGCUUCCCAAGUUGCUGGCACAAUGUUUACUACUAGGUAGCGGCUGGACAAUCUGGGGCCACAGCCGGGGUCGAGAAAGAAGGGGAAGAGAAAGGGAAGAGUUAUAUUAGCCGGCCAAGGGAACAGCUGUGGGUUUGGAAUGAGGGGCCAGAAAUCAAGGUCUGGUCCUGGCGUUAGAAGGGGUUUGAGGGUGGCCAGAUGCCUCUUUAUCGUUGUAUCCCCAAAUUGAGGGGGAUUGCUGGAGAUUAUAUAUAUUUCUCAACAAGCUGAAACUUGUGCACAUGGGGUUUAGACCUGCUGUCUAGGUUACCAUUUAACGAAAGGAAAAAAGAGCGAGAAAACAUCUUUUGCAUCAUUUAGGCUAGUGUUUCAAAUUCGUUUGACUAGGCUCAUAUCUGUCAUAUUAGUUACGGAUUUUUUUUUCCCUUUAUUAAUGUUUAGUUUCCCUAAUUUUCAUGAAACCUUCACUUCUCUUUUACAUUAGGAUUUUUUUCCCUUUUAAUUAAUGUCUUGUUUCCCUAACUGUCAUGGAAGCUUCACUUCCCUUUUACAUUAGGAUUGAAAUAAGUAUCUAUAUGCUGUUAUCCUUGUGCACGUCUGUAUUACUGCUCACACGUUCUUCCUUUUCUUGUUUUCUCAAGGUAUGCAUGCAGGGUUACCCAAAUACAUCCCUGUUAACUUAAAAGACAUAGAAACAACAGAAUUUCAAGAAGGGGUUGAGGUAUCACUAGAGACUUUGAAGGAGAAAGGUUUGAUCAACCCAUCGGGAUGAAGAGAAAGGAAACUGCCUUUAAAGGCACAUAACCACAUAAGAUUCUAGGCAAUGGAGAACUAAGUGUCAAGCUGAACAUUAAAGCCCGUGCCUUUUCAGCAUCAGCAAAAGAAAAGCUCGAGGCUGCUGGCUGCUCCCUAACUGAACUGCCAGGACGAAAGAAGUGGGUUAAACCCUCAGUUACAAAGAACCUUGCCCGAGCGGAAGAAUACUGUGCAAAGAGGAAGGCAGCAGCCGCUGGCUGCUACCGAACCAGCUUCUUUUUUUUUUAGAAGGAUAAUAAUUGAAAGUUAAAGAUUAUGAGUUAGGUUACCAUUUAUUCUUGAUAAGACUCGAUCACUAAUCAAGGUGCAAUUUACCAGUAGCUUUUGGACGGUAGAGGCCACCAAUGGGCCGCAGGGAAUGCACCGAACCAGCUUCUGGGUAAGUAAUAACUCACCUCUUUGCUUUAAAAUAGUACAUAAAAUAAAACAUGGAGAAAUUUAAAGGGAGUCUUUUCUCCCAUCUUUCCUUACCGGAAUAUGUUUAUAUUAUAUCUCAAAGGGAUAGAACAGGGUAGAUGAAGGGGAAGAGGAAAGGGGAGAUGGAUGACGCCGCGCAAGGUGGGAAAGCUGAAGGGGUAUCCAAAAGGAAGAGCAAGAAGGCGGUGGAGAGCAAGGAGGAGGAUGGGAAGGAAGAGGCGGCGUCCAUGACGAUGGAGAAUGUGGUUGGGUGGGAGGAGUGGUGGCCGUGGUUGAGUGGCGUGGCGGAUGAGCAAAUGUCAUGGGGGUGCGUGUGGUCGCCGUUAUGGGAUAUGGAUUUUGUGGACACGGCGUAUGAUGAUCUAUUUAGUGAUGUUGUGUGGGAUGAUGAUAUCUGGAACUUGAGGAGCAUCAAUGAGGUUCCCAAGCCUUGAGAAAAAUGUUAAAAAGAAAGAGUUCAAUGAAAACUGAAAAAAUUCACUUUCUGUUUUUUAAGUCUUUUGUGUUUUUUGUUAUAAAUCUUUCUGAUUUGGGUUGCAUGUUCAAUUCCAGCAGAGAAUGAUGGAGGAAUAAAAUAAAACUACAAAUUAUGC